CCUAAAUUAUCAUUGACCUUUCCCCGAUUGUGUUCGUAUUUGAUAUUCACCUAUUUAUGGCCACCCCUCCGGCCAAUCGGCAUCUGAACAUCCUACUUAACGGUACAGAUAUAAAGUCGGCUGUCGGGUACCUUAGUUAUUAUUUACGGACGACGGUAAGGCAGCAAGCAGGUCAAGAGAGAUAUCUACUCGCUCACCGUUUACGACCAGUUUAUUCUUCUCCUGAACCCAACCAUGCCUUCUCUCUCCUCCCUGGCAUUCGCGCUCGCGCUCGCAGGCGCCGGGUACCUGAACGCCAUAUGCGUCACGCCGCCGAAUCCUCCUCCGUCGCAAUCGCGCGCAUACAAGGGAGAUCGAAUCCAUUUCCUAACAGGCAGAGUCACACGUUCAGUUGGCUAUAUCUCGCUAGUAUUGUAUCUAUUCCAUGCGCUGCUGGCUGUAUCCUGGCCAUCAGCCGCCCAUGAUGAUGAUGCAGCCAGUCUACAACGUAUCUGCCCGCACGCCUCGAACCUCCACAGCGACUUCUACACCUGGAACUCAUUCACCACGACCACUCUCGCGCUGACAUACCUGGGCGCCGCCAUCCGCCUCAGCGCCUACGGUGGUCUAGGCAAGAACUUCACCUUCCAACUAGCCCCUCCGGACAGACUGGUCACGUCGGGAAUCUACCAUUUCAUCCAACACCCGUCGUACACGGGCCAAUUCCUCAUUAGUAUCGCAAUGAACCUGCUGGUUUUGCGAUGGGAUUCGUCUCCGGCAUGUUUUAUUCCGGAGUCUUUCCUGGCUGCGUUGACUGGAUGGGGAUGGGUCGUUCUGAUUGCGCCGAUGGCUUUUGCGAGUUCCGCGCUGGCUACGAGGGUCAAGGAUGAAGAGGGGAUGUUGAAGGAGAAGUUCGGACAGGAGUGGGUGAGGUGGCAUGAGAGGACGGCGAGGUUUAUUCCUUAUGUGAUUUGAUAGGAUGUGGAUUGUGUUGAAUAUUUACUUUCUUCUCCAAUGGAGUUGGCGUGGAUAGUUGUUGAAGGGACAGGAAUUCUUAGAAAAAAAAUAGAAUAAAUACAUAAAUAC